UGACCACUGACCUCUGACCCUGAAAGUGCUGAUGUCUGCAGGUUUAUAGUCACAAGAUCAGACAAGACCAAGAUUUUACAACUAGACAAAAAAUAUAUAGAUCGAGGUGUUAGAGAUGGUAGAGAAGAGUGGAAAGCUAUUGGCUAUCAUAGCUGAUGAGGACACAUGUACGGGUUUUCUGCUGGGUGGUAUAGGAGACAUCAACAACAAGAGGCAAGAGAACUACCUCAUCGUGACCAAAGAUACUGCAGUAAGUGAUAUUGAAGAUGCUUUCAAGAGCUUCACUGGGAGAAGAGACAUUGCUAUCAUACUCAUCAACCAGAAUAUUGCAGAGAUGAUACGGCACCUGAUAGACAACUAUUCGCAGCCCAUCCCAGCAGUCUUGGAGAUCCCCUCUAAAGACCACCCCUACGAUCCUUCCAAAGACUCCAUCCUCAGAAGAGCAAAGGGUAUGUUCAAUGCUGAAGACUUCCGCUGAUCUCAGAGAACUAUUCAAAAGCUAGUGUCUUGUAUAGUCAGCAAUCUAUGUUUGUGUAGCAGGUCACAUUCCGUGCUUUUUGUCAGCUCAUGACAAUUUAUGUGUAAUUACAAAUUACAAGUUAGUGCAUGUUGUUUAUUGUUGUCGAAAUGUGAAUCAUAGGAUGACUGUAAUCACGGUCAUCUGAGGUUUAUUUAUGUAAACAAGUGUG